UUUUGACUCUUUCUUUUACCUCUUCAUCUUUGGUCAGCGUAAACAUCACCUUGGUCUCUUCUCCCUUUCUCUCUCUUCUCUAAUCCUCUAUAUAUACACACAAACAAGAACCCCUUUUGGCUUAGACUCUAUUGCCUCAACAUUUAGAAGUAAUCCCAAAAAAAGAGCUUGAGAAAUAAAGAAAGAUAGCAUAAUUUUGUUUCAAACUUGAAGCAUAAUUUUGUUUCAAACUUGAACUCAUCAAAAAGAGAUCAUUUCUUCCUUGAAAAUAAAAUGGGAAGGCCACCUUGUUGUGAUAAAAUUGGUGUGAAGAAAGGACCAUGGACACCAGAAGAAGAUAUCAUUUUAGCUUCAUAUAUUCAAGAACAUGGUCCUGGAAAUUGGAGAGCUGUUCCUACUAAUACUGGAUUGCUUAGAUGCAGCAAGAGCUGUAGGCUUAGAUGGACAAACUAUCUCCGUCCAGGCAUCAAACGUCGCAACUUUACCGAGCAUGAAGAGAAGAUGAUUAUUCACCUCCAAGCUCUUCUUGGCAAUAGAUGGGCAGCCAUAGCUUCAUACCUUCCACAAAGAACGGACAAUGACAUAAAGAAUUACUGGAAUACUCAUUUGCAAAAGAAGCUCCAGAAGCUUCAAGGUCAUGAUGAUGAGAAUAGUCAAAAGGGAAAAUCAUCAUCAUCAAUCUCAAAGGGACAGAGGGAAAGGAGACUUCAAACAGACAUCCACACAGCUAAACAAGCUCUUUCUGAUGCUUUGUUCCUUACUGACAAAAAAACCAUUUCUCCUACUGCUCCUCUUCCUAUCCAAACAUCUACUUAUGCAUCCAGCGCUGAUAACAUCUCUCGAUUGCUUAAAAAUUGGAUGAAAAAUUCCCCUCAAUUAUCAUCUCAAAGCAUUUCUAACUCAACCACCACCAGCCAGAGCUCUUACAACAAUUUAUCAAUCGGGACAGGUUCGAGUUCUAGUCCUAGUGAAGGGACCAUGAAUGCACCAACACCGGAGGGGUUAGACUCUCUCUUUAGCUUCAAUUCAUCCUAUAAUUCUGAUGUUUGUCAGUCUAUGUUGGCGGACGAUGUUGUUGCUUUCACACCUGAUCAGGAUGCUGGAAUUUUCCAAGUUGAAAAUAAUAAACACAAUUUUCCAAAUUUCAAGAAUGAAAAUGGAUUUUUCCAAAAAGGGAGCAAGCAAAAUUUGGAGACGGAAGUACCCUUAACUUUGCUGGAAAACUGGCUCUUUGAUGAUUCUAAUGCUCAAAUACAGGAAGAACUAAUGGGAAUCCUGGAUUGGCCAUAAGUGAACUGCUGAUUUGUUUUGAGGAAAUAAAGAAAGAUAUAUUUCUUCAAAACAACUAGGCAGUUUUGGCUUCUUUUUGCUAUUUUGAAGUUGUUACUUCCUGUUAGGCUGUAUAGGCUCUAGUUACUUUGUAGCUUAAGCAGAAACUUGUUAGAAGAGAAAACAAGUGUAACUAUAUGUAAUUUCAAAUCAGCAUAUAUAUGUAUUAGAUAGAAAUAAUGAAAUUAACACUCCCUAUAUAUAUAUGCGAGCCUUAGGCCU